UGGCGUCAUGUUGCACGUGUGACGUCUGUGAGUGUGAUGCAUGUGGAUGUGGACUAACUGUCCAUGGUGCUGAAACGUCGCAGCGUCGGGAUGCGCGUUCCAGAGUCUCGCAGCAUCAGUGCGCGCAUUUUCUAAUUUAUAAACUCUUAAAAAUCCAUAGAAAGGCUCAAAACAGUGUCGGAAUGCUGCCCAACGACACCUUCAAGAACCUGGAGGAUGGUUUAUAUUUGAUAAACUUCUCCAGCAACGAGACGCAUAACGGGGAUUCUCACGGCAGCAGCGCGAUCUUCAUCUCCUUCAUCUAUUCCGUGGUCUGUCUGGUGGGACUCUGUGGAAACUCGAUGGUGAUUUAUGUGAUCUUCAGGUAUGCGAAGAUGAAAACUGCGACGAACAUCUACAUUUUAAACUUGGCGAUCGCGGAUGAGUUACUCAUGUUGAGUGUGCCUUUCUUAGUCACCUCUUCGUUACUUCACCACUGGCCCUUUGGUUCUCUCCUGUGUCGAUUGGUUUUAAGUGUUGAUGCUAUUAACAUGUUCACCAGCAUCUAUUGUCUGACUGUGUUGAGUAUCGAUCGCUACAUCUCCGUGGUGCAUCCCAUCAAAGCAGCCCGGUACCGGAGACCCACUAUCGCCAAAAUGGUCAACUUAGGAGUCUGGAUGUUCUCCAUCCUGGUCAUCCUACCCAUCAUCAUCUUCUCCACCACUGCACCCAACUCGGAUGGAUCGGUGGCUUGCAACAUGCAGAUGCCUGAGCCCGAGCGUCAGUGGAUGGCUGUAUUUGUGAUCUACGCCUUUCUGAUGGGCUUUCUCUUCCCUGUCAUUGCCAUAUGCAUGUGCUACAUCCUUAUCAUAGUGAAGAUGCGGGUGGUCGCGUUGAAAGCGGGCUGGCAGCAGCGAAAAAAGUCCGAGAGGAAGAUCACGCUGAUGGUGAUGAUGGUGGUGACGGUGUUUGUGAUCUGCUGGAUGCCUUUCCACAUCAUGCAGCUGGUCAGCGUGUUCGUCCAGCAGCACAACGCCACCCUCAGUCAGCUGGCUGUGAUUUUGGGAUAUGCCAACAGCUGUGCCAACCCCAUCCUGUACGGGUUCCUGUCGGACAACUUCAGACGCUCCUUCCAGAGGAUUUUAUGCCUCCGGUGGUGGGAUAACGCCACGGAGGAGCCCAUAGAUUACUAUGCCACGGCUCUGAAGAGUCGAGGAUACAGUGUGGAUGACUUUCAGCCCGACAAUCUGGAGUCGGCCAGCACGUACAGGAAUGGCACCUGCACAUCUAGAACUACAACGCUGUAGGACUCGGUUUUACAGCAUAAAGACUUGUUUUGUAAUCUGUUGUCAUUGUAGUAUGUAUUUUUUGUUGAGAUGCAUUGGAAGACUUCAUAAUAACUUUCGUUAAUGCCAUAGUAUGAUUAUAUAAUGCUUAAUCUAAAGUGUGCAAUUUUGCCUAUAUGAAUGUGCAUGAACUUUUUAUGCUUAUAUAAUGCCUUGAUUGGCUUAUUAAUGAAAGUUAUUAUAAAGUGUGUCGAUAUGGGUCAAAUGUGUGACGUUCCGAUUAAAAAAAAAGAAAAGAAAUAUCCACAGCUUAAUAUUUGGUUCUUUAUUUUGAAAUGGAAUAAAACAUGGGGAAAUCAUUCACUCUCAGUGCAUUAUGUGGUAAAACUAUAUUUGUAUUUUACGAAGGAAGCUUGCAGUGCUUGCAAAGCUGGAACGAAUCAGUGUUACAGUUUCCGGUUUUUAUGUUUUUAUGUCUGUGUCCAGAAAUGAAAUCAGAACCGCCUUGCCUUCCAUCUAAAGUACGUAAAUAUAUGCAAGAAAGAAGACCAAUCGCAG